GAAAGGUAAACACGGUGGUGACGGCGGAAAAUCGGCGAAAACCACGUUCUGGAGGAAAUUACAGCUUUUCUUUUCCCGUUGCUUCUUUCCACCCCAUCAUCAUGUCCGGCUACACAGAGGAGUACAUCCGGCAGAAGCUAACGGAGCGCCUAGAAGCCACGCAUGUGGAAGUGUUUGACGAAUCGGACGGUUGUGGUGGCAAAUUCCGUGCAGUUGUAGUCUCACCGCAAUUCCAGGGCAAAGCACUGCUUCAACGCCAUCGGCUCGUGAAUGCUGCCCUGGCCGAAGAGCUGAAGACAAUCCACGCCUUUUCACAGAAAACCUACACCCCCGAACAGUGGGCCAAAGAAUCCGGUGGAGAGCAGUAAGACGAAAAGCCAACCAACACCAACCAGCAACU